CGAUAAGCGAUCAGGUGACAAAGAUGGCCGCCAUCGCCUAGGUAACGGGACGGAAGUGCACUGUAGAAGGCUGGGGUACACCUCUCCGCGCUUCCGAUUCUCAGAGGAGUAUGACUACCGAUCUUGGACAUCAGGUGGAGGAUACGACCUGCCAGGCUAGAGCAGCACAGACGGGCACUGCUCUCUUAUACCCAAGAUGAUGCCAACCGCAUUCUUUUUGCGCCCAUCUCCAGAACAGCUGCUGUAGAAACAAUGGCGAACUAUGAUCAGGAGGAAAGAGGAGGGCAUGGAAUGGGGGCAGAGGAAUAUGCCGCAGAAUCAAUGGCUGCGGAUAUGGAUCCAUGGAUCAAAUUUGAUGCCAGAAAGACUCCACGUGCAGAGUUUGAUGAAUGGUUGGAAACAUACCGCCCUUCCAGGGUUCCACGCUUUGGGAAUCCUGAAGAGGGGUCUGGACCAGUGGGGUGGAUAGCUGUGUAUGGCCCUGGUUUUUGUCCUCAAAUUGAGGGUAUGAAAGAACUUCAGGAUGCCUGGGAAAAAUUGCAGAGUGCUGGUCGCAAGAUCAACUUUAAACUGGUACGAGAGUUAGCCCUGAAUUUUGGAGUGACUUCUGGAAAGUGGCUUAUGCAUCUUGAAACAGGAUUCAAGGUGGACCAUGCUUGGCGUGGAAUUGCAACAGCAGUGGUAGAGGGUCGUCUUCGUGUAGCCAAAGUGAGCCCUCACCAAAAUGAUAACAAGCAUGUUAUCUGCGUGUACACCCAAGAUUUCACAGAUGAAGAAAGCAUUAUGCACACAGAUAGUGUCAUCCGCAGCUCUGGUAUCAAGUGCAUAUUGUCCUACAAGCCUGAUGUCUACACCUAUUUGGGCAUCUACAGAAACAACCGUUGGCAGAUCUGCCCGACCAUUUACGAGAGCCGAUAUGAUCUUGAGUGCAUCCCACGCCGGUCCAGAGUAAUCAACAAAGUCACUAACAUAGAAGUGACUUAAUAUUAUUUCAGGACUGUUUCACCAAACAGUAACUUUGAGUUUAAAAUGAGGGCCGUCUAAAGCAGCCAUGUAUAUAAUCUGGUAAUUUUUUUAUUCCUCUGAUCGUAUCCAAAACCUGACAAUAAAAUUUUGACGAUCAACACUGUAAACCUGCUCCACAUUCAUACAGGAAAAUGUGUAUAUAAUAAAUGUGUGUUUACCAAUG